CAGGAGAGCGAACGGACGGCUCUUCUGCGAAGUAAACGCGCAUCCAGGGCUUUAUUUCCAAUUUUCUACCUCCCGUAUCUCUCUUUUUUUUCUCGUAUUUCCCUCCUGCUGAGAUGAGGAGUUAAUCAACAGAGGAUCAGAAGCUCAUUACGUUUUGAAGUUGUUCGAAAAAGUUCGGACAGGACAAGAGGAAGAUGCUGGGGUUAGAGGUCAUCGCGCUCUGUCUUCUUUUGGGAUCCCUGACUCACGGCCAGCAAACAGAGUGCAGCAAGAAAAAUGAAUGUCCCAUAGACGUGUACUUCACCAUCGACACAUCUGAGACCAUUGCCCUGCAGGAGCCGCCGCCUGGAGCGCUGGUGGAUAGCAUCAAGAAAUUCGUUGAGCAGUUUGCACAGCGGUUGGAUGAUGCUGAAAUAAAUGGUGUUGUGCGGGUCAACUGGAGGACCGGUGGACUGCACUUCUCCCGGAAAUCGAAGGUGUUCAGUCCCAUCGCACCCAAGAACGAUUUCAUCACUGAACUCAGGAAAAUCGAAUACCUGGGUGAUGGCACCUACAUCGACUGCGCCCUCGGCAACAUGACGCAGCAAAUGCUGACCUCACCCACAUCCCCCAACGCCCUCCGAUUCGCUGUGGUCAUCACUGACGGCCACGUAACCGGAACACCGUGCGGGGGCAUCAAAGAGGCAGCAGAGAGAGCUCGCGAUAAUCUCAUCCACAUAUUUGCCGUUGCGGCAUCCAAGAACGUGGAAGAGACGGGGAUGAAGGAGAUCGCCAACUCUCCUGCAUCCGUCUACAGGAAGGAAUACAUGGCUGUGGAUCUGAGCCAAGGCAGACCUGUCAUACAUACGGACACCAUUGACAGCAUCAUCAAGACAAUGAAACAUCUGGCGUUCGUAGAGUGUUACAAAGUGACCUGUCUGGAGACAACAGGGAUUGAUGGUCCAAAAGGCCCCAGAGGACAAAAAGGAGCCAAAGGAGACAACGGCGACCCCGGUCUUAAAGGAGACAUAGGUCGCCCAGGUGACCCCGGUAUCGAAGGUCCCAUCGGUCAGCCCGGUUCCAAAGGAGAAACAGGUCUUUUCGGCGACAAGGGAGAAUUGGGAACUCAGGGGAAAAAGGGCGUGGCUGGUGUCUCGGGACGCAAUGGGACAGAUGGACAGAAGGGUAAAAUUGGACGCAUCGGAGCUCCCGGCUGCAAAGGAGACCCAGGCGACCGAGGUCCUGAUGGUCACCCCGGUGACGUCGGUGAACGCGGUUUUGGUGGAACUGAAGGAGAUAAGGGAGAUCCCGGUCGCUCUGGAAGAACUGGACCCUCCGGCCCAUCUGGAGAGGCUGGACCAAAGGGAGAGACAGGAAGUUCUGGAUCACCUGGCAUCCCUGGACCUAAAGGAAACCUUGGAACCCCUGGAAUUACGGGACUCAGAGGAGAGCCUGGGAGAAGAGGAGACUAUGGGCCAAAGGGUGGUCAAGGGUCAGAUGGCAUCAAGGGAGACAAGGGUGAAAUGGGUCCCGAGGGCUUGAGAGGACUUGCAGGUGAAUCAGGAAACAAAGGAACAAAGGGAGAUAAUGGCCUGCCAGGCCCCAGGGGACCACCGGGGACAUCAGGAGAGGCUGGGAAAAAUGGUACCAGAGGUGACCCUGGUGAUGUUGGAUCUCGAGGAGAACCUGGACAGAUUGGACCAAAGGGAGACCUUGGAAGACCUGGCUUCAGCUACCCUGGGUCAAGAGGACCAACGGGUGAGAGAGGAGUGAACGGCAAUCGUGGGCCUCGUGGCAGCAGAGGAGACUGUGGUCAAAAGGGUGACCCAGGAAAUAAAGGAACUCCGGGAGAGGAAGGUGAGCCAGGAUCUCCGGGUGAGCCAGGCCUAAGAGGGUCAAGAGGAGAUGGUGGGCGUGGUGGAGAUCCUGGCCCUGAGGGAGAUCCCGGCCUUACUGAAUGUGAUGUUAUGAACUACAUCAGGGAAACGUGUGGCUGCUGUGACUGUGAGAAACGCUGCGGAGCCCUGGAUAUUGUGUUCGUGAUCGACAGCUCAGAGUCAGUGGGUCUGACCAAUUUCACCCUGGAGAAGAACUUUGUCAUCAACACCAUCAACAGAUUGGGAUCCCUUGCCAAAGACCCCAAGUCAGACACAGGCACAAGAGUGGGAGUUGUUCAGUACAGUCACAGUGGAACCUUCCAGGCCAUCCGACUCGACGACCCCAAGAUUGAUUCACUGUCUGCUUUCAAGGAUGCAGUGAAGCGCUUGGAGUGGAUCGCCGGAGGAACAUGGACUCCAUCCGCUCUCAAGUACGCCUGGGACAACCUGAUCAGGGACAGCCGCAGGGCCAAAGCCAACGUCACUGUAGUUGUCAUCACAGACGGACGCUUCGACCCCAGAGAUGACGACUCACUGCUCACCUACCUCUGCAGUCAUCCCGGCGUCGACGUGAGUGCUAUUGGUAUCGGAGACAUGUUCGACCAGAUUGAGGAGAACGAGAGUCUGAAGAGCAUCGCCUGCCAGAAGGAUGGUAGGGUGCUGGGUAUGAAGCGCUUUGCAGACCUGGUGGCGGAGGAGUUCAUCGACAAGAUUGAAGCCGUGCUCUGCCCAGAUCCCAUCGUCAUAUGCCCUGAUCUCCCUUGUAAAUCAGGAGGGGGCACCACAGCGGGGCAAGCCCCUCCCCACUGGAAGCCGAUGGCCGAGGAACGCAGCCCCUCAUUGGUCCCCACCUCUUUGGAGGGUGUGACCAGCCUGCUGAGCGGCCUGAGUGAGCAGCAGUACGGGGUUGGCGUUGCAACCAUGGCGUACACAGCCCAGAGAGCCAAACUUGCCCAAGGACAGGACAGGCAGCAGUGGACCCAGCUGUUCAUCAACUCCUUCAAAUAUGUCUAUGGAGACAUUAUGGGAGACCCAGCGAAAGCCUUAGGACUCUGCUAAUGCUAAUAUGCUAGAAAUGCUACCUCGCCAUUAUGGUCGCCAAUAGCUAAUAAGCUUACUGCUGGACAUAGAAUAGAAUUUAUCAAAACUGUGGGCAUUUUCUAACUCUAGUGGUGCAAUAUGGGCUGUAUGCAAAAGAGUUGAAUGAUAUGAUGCUGGCCCUGUCCUAACAUUUCAGAGCAGCCUCAUGUACAGUCACUGUAUAUGAUGGGCCAAAAUUCAAAAUGUGACAGUCCCUCUCCUCAUAGAAUAUUUCUGAAUCAAUGUACAUGGAGCUGUCUUUCUGAAAAGUGUGUCUGUUAGAAAUAUGAUACAUAUCAUUUCUUCUACUUUUGUGGAGGAACUUUUUCCAUUCUCAUGGAAAGCGGAUGUCAUUUGUUGGAGGCAGAUUGGUCUGUAGAGCCAUUCAUGUUACUCCUGCAUAUAGUGAAGAGUAGCUCUUUGAUGAAGCCUCAUUUCCACUGUGAAUCACGAGCUCACUGAGUCACUCUGAUGGCUUUUUUUUUUUUUUUGCUGUUUUGCACACAUCCAUGGUUACGGCCUUUACUUUUUUUCUUGUGCUCUGUGAAUAAGUCAUCUUGGUGAAAAGGCCAUGACAUGUGGAAACGAUCUGGUUUUAUACACAGUUUACUGUAUAUGAGUCAGGAGUUGGUGUAUGUGGAUGUUUGGUUAAUGGACUGACAAUGAAGGAACUAUUGUAUGUUAUGCCCUUGAUUGGUGCAUGUUUUUCUUUUGCAUGUGGCUUGGCUUGUAAAGUAGGAUGACAAAGACUGGCUUUAACCAAAUGUCAUGGUAUCAUGUUAGCUCUGUGAUGGAAACUUACUGAUGUGAAAUAUGUUGUUUUGUAUAACAUGUAUUCAUGUUUUAUAUUGCCAUCUCAAGAGAAUAAAAUCAUAGAGCAAACUAAAACAAGUGUUUUCUUGAUGAGGCCACACUACUGAUAUGAGAAGGUUUAGAUGCAAUCAGACAGCUAGACUGCAACUAGCAUGGAUGACAUAAGCCUACACUACAGUAUGUUAAAGCAUUCUGUUUUGCUGGCUUUGACUCCUGCGCAUCUGUGUUCCAGCUGUAGCUCACUGAACACCGUGUCUGAUA